AGAGAGAGAGAGAGAGAGAGAGAGAGAGAGAGAGAGAGAGAGAGAGAGAGAGAGAGAGAGAGAGAGAGAGUCAUGAUAAAGGAUAUUGAGCACAGACUUCACCACUGGGUCGACUCUGGGGGCCACGUUCUUCUGCUAGGGAAGUACUGACUGGUUGGUGGCCGUGGCUGUUCACGCACUCGCUCUUGCUGUGGCUGGCAUGCUGUUCUGUCCUCUCUUCUUCCAGGAAUUGCUGUCUGAGGUUGUGUGUGUGUGUGUGUGUGUGUAGAAGCCAUCAUCAUCAACCACAGCAGGUGAUAAUGAUGGUUCCUGCUUUCAUCGUCAUCGGGGCUAGCCAGACCAACUUGGGGCUGUACUCUGGGGUGACGCUGUAUGCCUCAGACUGUGCUGCUGCAUGGCCUCCUGUGUGAUGGUGGCGGCCACAAGACAUCCAAGUCCUGGGGCAAUGUGAUAAACCCCCUGGAUGUGAUCAGUGGGGCGUCCCUGGAGGUACUGUGUGAGAGGAUGGAGGGGAGCCUGAAUACAGAAGAGGUACUCACUGGUAUCAGGAGGAACUUCCCCACAGGCAUCCCAGAGUGUGGAGCUGAUGCCCUUUGGUUCACCCUGUGCUCCACCAACUUCAAUACUGCACACCCCGUCCUGCAGCCUCAAGGCACUCUCCUCUAUUUUUCCAGUCAUGGGUGCCUUGCCUCCUCCUUGCAACACCACCACCACCACCACCACUGCUGCCAUCACUUACGAGGGGGAGAGACUGUGAUGUGGCUGCGGGUGGCUAGGUUCGGAGGCCUCCAGAGAGCUGCCCAAAGUGAAGCUUGUGGUAUAGAGGGACAGCUGCUGAUCAUCAAGCUUACAUAGUGACUGGAGGAAAGUGGGAGGAGCCUGGAGGGAGUGAUGGAGGUACAGUACUUGGAGAAAAUCCCUUCACCGUGACAACUGGGUGUCUGCUGUACAGGCCACUGAGCAAUGGCCUGAGCCCAGACCGAGACCCAGAGAAAUGUAAACAAACGCAGAGUCAGACUUGAUAUACGGGUGAAUUUGUUGCUUUUUAGAGGGGCAAUGGAUCUGUACAUGAGUGAGGUGGCGAGGGGCGUGGCCAGGGGGCGGCUAGCAGCGUGUGCCACCAAGGAAAUGUGUAUGAACAUAAAAAAGGCGCCUGUCAAUAAAGGUUCGUUUGGUGCAAGGAGUUGGCACAGGAGGCGUCUGAGGCUGUGCAGAGCGGCCGUCUGAACCUGGUGCCACAGCUGCACAGGAGGGCAUGGCAUAGCUGGCUGGACAACAUCACAGACUGGUGUGUCUCCCAGCAACUCUGGUGGGGCCACAGAAUGCCAGUGUACCACAUCACUGCAGCAGACGGCCGGGAGGUGUGGGUGGCAGCUGCUCGGAGGAAGAUGCAAGGCGGAAGGCUGUGGAGAAGGAAGACUGUGCUGCUGCAUGGCCUCCUGUGUGAUGGUGGCGGCCACAAGACAUCCAAGUCCAAGUGUUUUGGUGUGUUUAUGGGGUGGGCAGACUGGUGGUGCCUUCCCCCAGCAAGUUAGAGGCUAUUAACACAAGAGCAGAAGAUAAGGCAAGUUACAAGGAAGCCAUCCACAAAAUGAGACCUUCCUUAAGAUUACUACCCUCACAUAAACCACAACUAGGUAAACACACACACACACACACACACACACUCACACUCCUGUUGGACAUAGCAAGGUGACAGUCAGUUCUUGUCAGUAUCUUCAAAUCAGCAGUGUUGCAUUGAGAACCCUUUGAGCCUGGAAGAAAAACAAAUUAAUUAGACUUCCACCAUUACUGACAACUUCAUACUAAUUAUGGACACACAGAACAAGAUAAGUGUCAGGUUAUGGGCAUGAACACACAGAGGAGAGGUGGAGAGUGUCAGGAGAAGAGGAACAGCUAACAGAAUAAUGGACACUGAAAAACAAGCUUGUAAUGGGUGUCAGUCAGCAAGGCUUAGAAAAACAACCACUGCAGAAUAUUAAGGAAUGUUGGUUACCCAAACAAACAUCUCUCUCUCUCUCUCUCUCUCUCUCUCUCUCUCUCUCUCUCUCUCUCUCUCUCUCUCUCUCUCUCUCUCUCUCUCUCUCUCUCUCUCUCUCUCUCUCUCUCUCUCUCUCUCUCUCUCUCUCUCUCUCUCUCUCUCUCUCUCUCUCUCUCUCUCUCUCUCUCUCUCUCCAUCUGAACACCAUGACACAUGACCACCUGGCACUAUCAUGCACUCGUUAUGCUAUCUGCCACACCAUCACCAUCACUGCUGUCAUCACCACCUCAACAUCAUAUUAGACUCAUCACCAUCACCACACUUUAUUAUGUCUCGGCACCAUCAAUGACACUUCAACACCAUUAUCACCACCAUAUCACCACCAUCAUCAUCACCACACCACCAUUAUCAACUCACCACCACUAUCAACUAAGUUAUUAACUCACCACCAACAUCACCAUCAUUACCUAACUAGCUCACCACCACCAAUGUGAUCUCCAUCGUCACCACCACCAUAACUGUCAACACCACUAACGCAGAUGCAAGCAGGAGAGAGAGAGAGAGAGAGAGAGAGAGAGAGAGAGAGAGAGCCUACACCUCCUCCUCUUCCUCCUCCUCUUCUAUCAAUUUUGACACGUCCACAAGGGAGAUUCAACAUCAAAUGUAGUGAUAGAGUAAUUUUUGCACAUUCCAUUGUUGACUCAGGAAUCUGACACCCUGCUGACCACAGCCUCAGCACCUCUCUCUCACCCUGUCACACUAUUUCAUCCCUGCUAUCAUAAUGUCUGUAUCUCUGACUAUAUUCCGCGCCGCACCUCCACUACUUUCAAAAGGCUCUAGUUGAAGUGACACUGGUUUUCAAAGGAAUUCUUACGGUUCUAGUGAUAGAUUAUCAUGAUUUUUACGUUAUUAACAGGAGAAACAACCUUGAGAAUCCGCUUACCUACUUUUAAAAAGGUUGUAGUUGAAGCGACACUGGUUUUCAAGAGUGUUUUUACGGUUCUAGUGACUGUUCAGCAACAUUUCUACGUUAUUAAUAGGAGAAACAGCCUUGAGAACCCAGCUAAUCAUCUAUGGCCUUGGAAAUUAGUGGCGAGAAAGCAAAGCUUUUCAAAAUAUGGGCUCGUGUCUAUCUCUACCCUUGUAUAAACUUAUUUCAUCCCUGACUUAAAUGACUGAUGACGGAUUGAAGGUCUAACAAACGAAGGAUAAUUUACUCAUUUAAUGAGUGAAAAAAGGAUGGAAAUUAAUGGAAAUGAGGAAAAGUCAAUAAACCAGUGAUUUUUUUUGUGGUACAGUCGUUAAGGAGGAGUAAAGUAUGACGUAUAGUUUAAGUAGCUAAUGGUAUUUUCUGUAACAUAGCAAUAGUUACGUAAUAGAAAAAAAUACAAUACGAGUGAAAAAAAUUUGUGGUAAUGUGAUAGUCAUGAAGCAAUUAGUUAAAUAUAGAUGCACAUUUAAAUAAGUAUAAUGAUCUAACACCAAUACAACACUUCUAACAAUGCAAUAUUACCCAAUUAAACACCAAUAUAUAAUAAAAGAAUCAAAUACAGAUGGAACAAACAAAUAUUCUGAGUGCUACACGUCAUAAUACGAAACAAUUUUAGAAUCACUAACAAGCAAUCAGAUAGUUAAGUCUUUCAAUGACAUGCAAUAUUACUGAUAAAAAAUGGAGUUCGGAAAAUACACACAAAUAAUAACUUGUAUUAUCACAUACUGCACUUAAUAUAUAGGACUGAUAUACAGGACUAAUUGUUAUAAUACACGCAUGAACGCACGCACACACCCAUGAAACAUCACUCAUACUACCAACACCCACACUCAUCCACACGCCUCUUCAUCUGUACCACACCCAUAGGAGACCGACCACACCCACGCACGCACGCUCGCACACACUGGCUGUCUCAAAACACCCACACACACACAUCCAAAUAUCCACACACCAAACCAUAUAUCCACUCAACCAUCCACGCCCACACCUCAUCCACACAGCAAUCCCAAGUAUCCACACACCAAUCCACAUAACCACCCACACACCCACUCACGCCCACACCUACCGGCUUCUCACCUAUAUUGCUAAUACCCACCACCUUCACCACCACUACUUUCUCAUUCAUCCACACUUCCACACACAUUCCACCUGAUGUAAUCACGUAUGUCUGUGCGUUCGUGCAUCUUGGCAGAAAGUGAGAGCGAGGGGUGUCCGUUUGUCCGUGCCUCCGUGUGUCUUGGUAAGUGAAAGUGAAGGGGAAGAGGCGUAGCUUAGGUUCACGAAGCCGAACUACUCACUCAGUCUCGAAAACACUGGAAGUUAAUUCCUUCUCUCUUUUCCUGCAAAAUUAGGGUGAAGUUAAGGUUGAUUUAGUAUGAUGUAAUGUUAAGUUAGUUUUGUGGGUCAUGUUAUCUGUAUUUCAAGUCUGCAACAAACACACAACAGACUUUUCAUUUAGUCUCGAAACACUUGAAUCUUUAACUGCUGCUCUCUCAUUAUAAUGCAAAUUUAAAGUUACAGUUGGUUUAUUAUCACAUUACCUGUAUUUAAAAUCGAUAUUUGUACCUUACAUAAGCUGACAUUUGCACCACACACCUGUGCCACGAUUAUUUCAGUUUUUAACUCCUUCCUUCCUUCUUCAUGUCACUUCUUUCGCUACAAAGUUAAUUUCAAGUUAAUCUGUUAUAUUAUCUGUAUUCAUAUUGAUAUCCAUACUACACAUUUUAACAUUUAAAUUGUUAUAUUGACAUUCUGCUACACACACGAAACUCGAAAACACCACCACCUACAUGCCCCGCCUCCCCCCUUGCCUGGUGCAGGUACUCACUGCUCAACUGUGUGUGAGAGCACCACCUCCAUGAUCCCCCUCCCUCCUUGCCUAGUGCAGGUACACGAGUUUCUAAGCUACGUUUAUAAUGUUGACCUUAUGUUUUAUUUACUUAUUUUUUUAUUUCAUUGUAAGAGGCAGAAUAUCAGUUUACUUUAACACAAGUAACUACUUUUCUUCCACACAAGACUUUUUCAGCAACGUUUAUAAAUAUUCAUCAACAAACACCCAAACAGUUUUUCUUCCUUACUGUUUCAUGGGUUUCAUAACGUUUUAUAUUAUUCUAUUUACUAUUUCACAUUAAGUAAGAGGCAGAAUUUAAACUUAAUCUAACGCAACUGACUCCAUUUCUUACACGUGACUUUUAAAUUCUCCGCACGUUUAUAAAUAUAUUUAUUAACAUGGACGAUGGAGGUGGAGGUGAUGCUCUCACACACAGGUGAGCAGUGAGUAGCUGCACUAGGCAAGCAAGGGGGAGGGGGGAAUGGAGGUGGGGGUGAUGCUCUCCAUCUCAUUCUUCCAUUCAUUUAGUCUCACACAUUUCACUUCUCUGUCUAUCUCAUUCUCCCAUUUUCUCACAUUCCAUUCAGCUCCCACUCUGCCUCCUCUUGUUACCACUCAUUCACUCUCAUUUUGAUUCUUCCCAGCCAUUCUCAUCUCCCACACUACUUGUAAUCCACUCCUGUCUGUCAUUCUCAUGCACACCUCUUCCUCCAUUUGCGUCCACUUUCAUUCCACAGGUACACCUUCCUUGCUAUUCUUGCAUCAUCCAUUCUCUCAAACCUAAUCUUGUACCUAAGUGUGUUUGUCAUAUGCAUUAUUUUCUUUAUUCAUUUAUUUACUAUUAUCGUUUUUUGUUUUUAAAAGGGGAGUACAUUUUCACACUCACCUUUUCAAUCCUUUGGGUUUGGAAGUCAGUGGUUACUGCUGCUAUUGACAAAAAAGGGGAGAGAUGGUGUUGUUUCUUUACUGUGGAAAAUUGUCCCGGUGAGUGUCACGUGCUGAUUGGUCUUGUGGGUCACAGGUCUCGCCUUCUGUCAUCAAACAAAGAAUAAAGGACUGAUAUGCCGUUGA